GAUUGUUUGCGAUUUUCAAAACUUUUACUGUUAGAAUUUUUAAUUUUAAGUUGACUGUUAAAAUUUUAUUCUUUUUUUUGAACAAAAAUUUUUUUUAUUCUUUAGAAAAUAAAAAUAGCUUUAGAAAUAGCUGGAAAAAUAAAUUACAUUGGCUGUAGAGUAUAGUCAACACCUUUUGUUGUUUCAAUUUUCCUGUCUUUCACCUCUUGAAUUCCAGUGAAUUUGAUGUCGUAUGUCUUUAUGAUCUACUUCAAAGGGCAUAUAUUCAUUAUACAUGUUAUAUAUGAUUAGAUCGAGGAUGUCAAUAGGCUCUGGAGUAUUUAAUUCAUCUUCAUACACAUCAAAGAUUGGAGCUCCGUGGAUCUCUUUAUAAGAUCAAAUCCUUUUUCGUUAGAGUAGACGUCAUCCAGUUGAGGUAGAACCUCUUGUUGUUGUGUCUGGAUUUACAUGACUAGAGCAUGUUCUAUGGACUGUAUAAACUCGUCACGUAUAUCGUGUUUUGUACUCCGCAAGUGUUUCUCGGACGAAAGUAGCUAGUUCAUUCUUAUUUGUUGCUGAAUCUUACUCGAUAACAUGAUAAAAAGACCAUUUUGUCUUUGAUACCAACUGAAAGAGAGCUGAAUCUUAGUAAGGCCGUUUUCGUUUGCUGAUCGCUAGCGUCAGCGACUAACUUCAAAAACCAAUUGUUGUUCAUUUAUUGGUCGUGCGUUCAGCGACUGAUCUCAGCGACCAAACGCUAGCGAUCAGCGAUUUAAAAUUUUGAACGCUAGAAAUUUCAGCGGCACGACCACAAUCGUACGACUAGAAAAAAAAACUUAAAAAGACAAACUACCCUAAAUAUAUUUACAGAAUCACAAUACAUUGCCAUUAACCCUAAUACAAACUCAUGCCAAAAAAAAAAAUCACCAGAAACUUCUCUCUCUCCGAUCUAUUUCCUGGCCACACAUAAACUUCUCUGCUCAAGCUCUCUCUCUCUCCGAUCUAUCUCCGGCGGCUACAGGGAACCUUCUCUGCUCAAGGUCCUCUCUCUCUCUCUCUCUCUCUCUCAUCUCUCUCUCUCUCUCUCUCUCUCCUCUCUCUCUCCUCUCUCUCUCUCUCUCUCUCUCUCUCUCUCUUCUCUCUCUCUCUCUCUCUCUCUCUCUCUCUCUCUUCUCUCUCUCUCUCUCUCUCUCUCUCUCUCUCUUCUCUCUCUCUCUCUCCUUCUCUCUCUCUCUCUCUCUCUCUCCUCUCUCUCUCUCUCUCCUCUCUCUCUCUCUCUCUCUCUUCUCUCUCUCUCUCUCUCUCUCUUCUCUCUCUCUCUCUCUCUCUCUCUCUCUCUCUCUCUCUCUCUCUCUCUCUCCUCUCUCUCUCUCUGCGUUUUGUGUUACGAUAAUGGAACCUUUAGAUUAAUUAAGUUGGCUGUUGGGUUUUUUGAUUCUUGAUAUGGGUUGUUUUUAGAUUUAAGAUUUUCAUUAUCAAAUCUUCGUUUUUAAUCAGAUUAUCAAACAUGGGUUUGAGUUCCUGUGAAUGUUUUCAGACAUGGGUUUGACUUCUUUUUGGUCUGUGACAAAGUGUUCUUGCAUUUGCUUUCAAGUCUUUUAUAGUUUGGUCUGAAUAAAGCUUCGUUAAGUAACAUAUUUAUACGUUUGAUGCAUAGAUGAUAAGAAGACUAAGAAAAUGAUAUAUUACUACAAGACUCUUGUUAGUUCGUAUGCUUAUGAAAUAUUUCUUCCAUAUUAUAACAAUGAUAAUAGCUAGGUAGUUUAAAUUGGUUGUCACAUAUCAUGCACGCACCUUGGUUACAAUAAUCAAGUCGAUAUGAAUUGUAGUUUUAUGAAUAAUUAAUCAUUUCUAUCCGACCAAACCACUCUUGUCUUUACAAGUUUAUAACCUCUUUUAUGUCUUUUAUAACAAUCAAUUCACAAGAGUCAAAAUUUGUGUGCUUUUGAUAGAUUGUUGUUUCAGUUUUUCUUUCUUAAUGACACAGUGUGGAUAGAUGUCAAUGAUUGGCUUAUAUUGUUAGCUCGUCACCUUUGAUUCACUUAGGUCUGUAUUAUUUUUUCAAGUUUGGACAUAAAUCACAACAAGACAAGAUAAAAAGAAUGACUGAUGACGUAAGUGUUUUAGGCAGUUCUAGUUUCUUAGAUCUUUUGUGAUUGUUUUUUCUGCUAGUUUAGCUUGUUUGUCUAUUGAUGAGACUUGUUAUUUAGAAAUUGACCGAUGAAGACGUUAGGUAUUUCUUUGCUCUUUAUGCUGAUGAGAAAAGGAAAGGGAACAGACCAAGGAGUGGCAUGAAUCUAUCUGGAAGAGAGUUCAUCGUAAAUAAGUUUGAAGAAAAAUUUGGUAAGAGAUGGAUAUGGGACAGGUUUAAGAACAAGGUUGAUAUUAAUAGAAAAGCAUAUGUCAAGUUCAAGAAGCUUACCCACAAUAGAACCGGGCUUGUCUAUGAUGCUUUGGGAAGGUUGGAGAUGUCGGAUGCUUGGUGGAAUCAACGCAUUGCGGAAUGGCAAGGUGCAAGAAAGUAUAAGACCAAAGUGCCUCCAAACAUGGAUGUGUUUAAAGCAGAGUUUGGUGCUGUUACUGUAACUGGAGCAGAAGGAUGGUGUGCUCAGCAAGGAGAAACUAGCUUAGAUUCUAGAAUAGAUGCAGAGAAGGAUGACGAGUCUGAUUCAGUUGACACUGAUAUGCCAGCACCAAGAGAAGGAACAAGUAGAGCUGGAUGUUCAAAAAUAAAGCGUAAGGAAUUUGAUCAAGAGCCUUAUGUUCUAAGGAAUGCAAUUCUGGCUGAAAAAAAAUAAGAUAGCAGAAAAGAUGGUAGAGAUAAUGGCAGAGGAUCGUGUGGUGUUGCAGCAGGAUCGCAAAUUCCGUGUGCACUCUGUGUUGGAGAUACUUAAUGAGCUGCCUGAAAUUAUAAAGUGGUCACCAUUUCACAUUGCUGCAGUUAACCAUCUCAAAGCUGUUGAAGAAAACAGAAUGGCUUUUAUGUCUUUCUCUAGUGAUGAUGAUAAGAUUAGAUAUCUUGAGAAUAUGAUUAGAGUUAAGAUAUAUGAAGGAUUGUAAUGUUUGUUUCAGUAUGAUUGUUUUAAUAUGACUCAGAUUGUAGUAUUUUUUUUAAGUAUGACUUUUGUUUCAUUUCUUUUGUUAUGACUCAGAUUGUAGUAUUUUAAUGUGAUAGGAAGUUAGGAACCAUGACCA